ACUUGUCUAUAUUAUAUCGUCUUCCUCAUCAUUUCUCUCUACCCAUACACCCCCUAAAGCAGAAAAAACGUGAACUACAGAAGAAGAAGAAAAAAUGAGCUGCAAUGGCUGCAGAGUACUACGAAGAAGAUGCAGUGAUAAUUGUACCUUAAGGACUUGUUUGGAUGGAAUUGAUGAUCCUCAAGCACAGGGUAACGCUACUCUUUUCGUCUCUAAGUUUUUUGGCCGUAGCGAUCUCAUGUCCUUAAUCGCCGCUGUUCCCCAAAAUCGAAGACCUGCUUUGUUUAAAUCGCUGUUGUUUGAAGCGUGUGGGAGGACGGUGAAUCCAGUGACCGGUGCGGUAGGGCUUUUAUCGACGGGGAACUGGCACGUGUGUCAAAAGGCGGUGCAAACGGUUCUCGCUGGUGGAAAUCUACGGCCGGUUUUCGCCGGGAUUUUAACUCCGCCUUACUUCGAUAGUUCCUUCCGAUGCGGCGGCGCGUGGGAUAUGCCAAACCAGUUCUGUAACAAAUCCGGUUCUAUGUUCAUAGACGGAUCGGAACAAAUUGAGGGAAUGGAGUGGAUCAGUUCGGAGAAGAGAUGGAAUACGUCGUCGUGUUUUGGUUCGGAGACUGAGUUAUCGGAUGUAUCGCUGGGUUUGGAUAGUGGAUAUGGAUAUGCAGAGUGUGUGAAAGGGCAAGAACCGAAACUUCUGAAUCUCUUCGUUUGAAUUUUGUUGUUUAGCUAUAAAAUUUAUGAGGUUGCUAUCGCAACUGAGUAAAAAGUAGAAAUAAAUAACUAAUAUUGCUGUAGUAGUUUUCCAGUUGAGUUUGAUAUUUUGAGUUCAAACUCAGAUGGAAAAUCGGAAACUGUAAUGAUCUAAACGUGAAUUUUUGGAGUGUCAAACUGACCAUCUUUUUUUGGCUGAAUAAAACUAUAUAUUAUACUUAUAUGAAUGAAAUAAA